CGUCGGGGACCCUCCAUGCAUGUGAGAGUGUGACAUACAACUUGGCAACGGUCCUCCAAAAACCAAGAAAAAUCGCCCAUGUCGCCCCAGGUCCCCCGCCAAGUGCACGUCCCGGCCUGCAACGUCAGGGUGCAUGCACCUCGCCCGCGCCCGCGUUUGCACGUCGCAGGAAGAAGCUCUGGCACUGACUGCCCACUAGCCAACUCCCCGGCCCCAGUCUGCGCCUCUCACCUUCCCGUCUCCCCCAAGUCUCCCACCACAACACUCCAGCUCUCUCCCGGCGUCAACCUUGCCUCACUCUUCCCACCGUCACCUCAAACCUUGGAAAUCGUUGCAGCCGGAAUGGAGAGUCGACGGUGAACCGUGAACACGGACACGACCACACUUUAUUCAAACGGAGACACCGAUUGCUACCAUCAACCUGGCGACCCUAAACGGACCGACGAUAGGGCAAGCGCAACAAUAUGACGGCUGCUAGUGAUAGUACAGACUUAUAUCACCUUUCCCGAGCACGAAGGCCCGUCUUGCGCCCUCCGCUGUACGACUGAAUCGUGAGUACAACGAUCGACACAUAAAGAGACAAACCACCUGCAGAGCGCGACACGAGGGUUUGUUUCAACCCUCGAAGCUCUAACAUCUUAACUUUUGGGAUCUGCGGAACAUACGCAAACACCAUCGUCCUGUUCAGCAUAUCCAGAGUUAAUUCAACCAACUCUUGAUCAGCUUGAACUCCGUCGUCAUCUAUCGACCGGAUCUACUGGGUAGACUUUUCAUCACUUACACGGGAUGGAAUCAGCCCAGCACACGGAGGGCCCGUCGCCAGCUUCACACAACAAUAACACCGCACUUACACCAAAUAACUCCCAGCAACAAUCACGGCCCCGGCCCAAAUCUCAACCACCCAAGCAGCGAAGGAGACCGUCGCGGCCACAGGGAUCAGACUUAAACAGGAGACCGGCGUCGGACGGCUCUGACCGCGGCAGGGUGACCGACGACGCCGAGGAGGGUGCUGCCGAUCCAAAGCCUAAUCAGUCAGGCUCGGGACAGUCGGCGUCGAGGCCUGCCAGAAGACGCCCAGCUGCCUCUCGGCCUGCGCCAGCACCAUCGACAGCGAUGCCUUCGGAAGAUGAGCAAUUAGUUGACCCGGUACCACUCCGGUCAGGCCAUUCAAACCGGCGGGCCGCACCUAGAAGAGUGCCGCGCCUCGGCGAGAACAGCGCGUCUGCGCUGGCAUCUGACACGGACACCACGAGUAGCUCAUCGUCAUCAUCAUCAUCAGCGUUCCCGCCGAUCCGGCGGCCUCCGGCCUGUCGUCGGCGACCGUCGGAUAUGAAUCUCUCCCUGAGAGCUCCGAUAACUGAGAUGCCCGAGGACGGGGGCGAGCUCCCUCCUGGCGGUCCCGACUUCUCUACGCCGCGACCGCAGCGCGAGAAGAACCCGCGAGAAAUUUUACACGAAGGCGAGCGAGGCUUUAUUGUUGACCUCAGGCUAAACCUGGACGUCGAGGUGCACAUCAAGGCGAAGCUCUCUGGUGACCUGACACUGUCAGUGUUAUGAUAUCUGCUUUGGUAUAAGGACAACGAAUUUUGUGACGAAUGUGCGAUGAUGUUAUAUCGUGUACGAGUAUCCUGGCCGGCGCAUAAUGGAUCAUGGUGUAAUAGUACUGGGGAUAAGAGGCGCUAGGAGGUUCGGGCAGGCAGCAUAUGGUUCAUGGUACGAAUGGCGUCGAGAGCGAUCUUUGGAGAACUUCAAAAAACCUAGUGCAGCG